AUGGCAUCCCAAAGAGAGAUCAAUGCCCAGGCUGAUGAGAUCUUGAGCCAACAUGGUCAAGCCCAGGCAGUGAGACCUGCAUCACAUGAACUAUCAGCCCAAGAAGAACAAUCCUACCUUUCAAAGACUGGGGAGAGCUUGAAGAACGCUGCUGGUGGAGCUGCAACUAUUGCUCAAGAGGCAGUUUCAGGGGCUGCUUCCUUGGCCCAAGGUGCAGCUGCAGGAGCAGUUAACCUAGCACAGGGUGCAGCAUCAACAGUCAAGAACACUCUCGGUGUUAACUCUGACUCCAACAACCCAAGCGCUAACAGCGCAGCAGCAGCUAACCACCCAAGUGGUUACAACGCAGCAGCCGCAGCUAACCACCCAGGUGGUUACAACGCAGCAGCAGCCGCAGCUAACCACCCAAGCGGUAACACCGCAGCAGCAGCAGCAGCAGCAGCCGCCGGGGCUAACCACCCAAGCAACCCUUCCAACAGGUUCUGA